GCUUCGCUCUCCUGCUUCAUUCCACCUUGUUCUUUUCCCACGCCCGCCAUCGGCAAUCAUGUCGGGUCCCGACUACGAGAAGCAGCACUACUCUGUCAGCGGCGAGUCGCCCUCUGACCAUGGGGUUGGGCACGUCACCGAUGGCAAAGACAACGCCCUCGCCGAGGCCGCUGGCGUCUACGGCUCAGUUCAGAAAGCAGAAGAUUACGGAUACGUCAAGCGUGGCCUCAAGUCUCGUCACAUCCAGUUCAUUGCUCUGGGUGGUACCAUCGGGACUGGUCUCUUCCUCGGUAUUGGCGGUGCGUUUGCGCGUGCUGGCCCUGUCUCUGUCCUGCUCGGCUACACCAUCACCGGUGUUGUUGUCUUCUGCAUGAUGCAGUGUCUCGGCGAGAUGGCUACAUGGCUUCCUCUUCCUGGUGCCAUCCCUCAGUAUGCCGCUCGCUACGCCGAUCCCGCUCUUGGUUUUGCCGUUGGUUGGAACCAGUGGUACAACAGCUCCAUCACUCUUUGCGCCGAAAUCUCUGCCGCAGCCCUCCUUAUUGAUUUCUGGGACCAGGAGCAGAAAUACAGUCCAGCCAUAUGGAUUUCGCUCAUCAUCGUCCUCAUCAUUGUCUUGAACAUCUUCGCUGUUUCCAUCUACGGAGAAGCCGAGUUUAUCUUUGCCUCGAUCAAAAUCAUCACCAUUCUGGGUCUGCUGCUUGCCGGCUUCAUCAUCAUGCUUGGUGGCGGUCCUGAUCACGACCGGAGAGGCUUCAGGUACUGGAAAGAAGGCGCAAUGAAGGAGUACGUCGGCAAAGGUGACCUUGGACGCUUCACUGGUCUUUGGUCCACACUCGUCAACGCCGCCUUCUCAUACAGUGGUGUGGAAAUGGUUGCUGUUGCCGCUGGUGAGGCCGAGAACCCUCGCAAGAACAUCCCCAAGGCCAUCCGUCGCGUCUUCUGGCGUAUCCUGUUCUUCUACGUCCUGGGAACCUUCAUCAUCGGAACCACCAUCAGCUCCAACGACCCCCAGCUUACUAACGCCAACGCCAAGGGUGCCCAGUCUUCGCCGUGGGUCAUCGCCAUGAAGAACGCCGGUAUCUCCGUCCUGCCCUCCAUUGUCAAUGCUGUCAUCUUGACUUCGGCCACCUCAUCCGCCAAUGCCUUCCUCUACACCGGUUCGCGCUACCUGUUCAGUAUCGCCCAGAACAAGCAGGCGCCCCAGUUCCUUCUCAAGUGCAACAAGAGCGGUGUGCCAGUCUACUGUGUCGCGAUUACAGCCUCCAUUUCUUUGCUCACUUACAUGAGCGUCAGUGCUGGUGCCAACAAGGUUUUCACAUGGUUCCAAAACCUGACCACCAUCGCCUCACUCUUCACAUGGUGCACAAUCUGCUACACAUAUGUCCAUUUCCGCAAAGCAUGCAUCGCCCAGAAUGUCGAUCGCAGUACCAUGGUCUUCAGGAGCAGGUGGCAACCUUACCAAGCCUGGAUCGCCUUUGUCUACUUUGGCCUCAUCAUCCUCUUCAACGGCUUCAAGGUUUUCACUGAGCAUCCAUGGAGAUCCUCUCAACUGACCGAUUUCUUCACGGCCUAUGUUGGCAUCCCCAUCUUUUUCCUUCUCUACUUGUUCUGGAAGGUCUUCAAGCGCACCAAGGUGGUGAAGGCGAGCGAGGCGGACAUUUGGACCGGCAAGGCGGCGCUUGACGCCGAGGUAUGGCCUGACCAGAUCCCGCGUAAUGCUCUUGAGAGGUUUUGGUUCUGGCUCUGCUAGACGAAGCCUUUUUUCAAUGACUGACGAGUGUUUGAAUACGCGUUCACGGAAAUGUAGUGGAGGUAGCAUACUGAAAAGCAUAAUUUGUUGUAUUGCAUAAUUCAUGUCCCGCAGUCGUAGUGGGCACACGCUGAUCGAUGCCUCUAAAUGCACCGACAAGCGCUUUCUACGUUGAAAUAUGAUUUGCUGCCGGAUAAACGAUUGUGGUGUCUUGCUA